AUGGCUCAUAAUUUUGGGAGAAUACCUUCACACCAAUGUUAUGUGCUGAAUCUCUAUCGCACUGUUCUCAGAAACAUUCCAAAGAAUUGUCACUCUUAUGCAUUUCAAAAAGAAAUCAAGAGUAACCUUUCGAGGCAACUAACCAAACAUAAGCAUGACAAAUCUAGUUGGAGUGUGUAUAUUCUCCUCAAUAAAUUCAACCAAUUGAACAACUACCUUUUGGAAGGCAAAUUGCAGGAAAUCAAACACUUGAUUCAACCACUGAAAAAGGUAUCGAAACAACUGAAGACGACAAGGAUUCUUAAAACUUUGAAUGAUCUAGGUAAUGGAAAUUCACUACAAAGUCCAGAGGAGAUAAGAGAACUUCAUGUGUUAAGCACUUAUAUCAAGCAAAAGCAAAACCUAGGCCUUUUACCCAACUGCAUCCCUAAAGAAUAUAAGCUUAAGCUUCUAUUACCGUUAGCAUUAAACGAGAGUGCUUGUGUGAAGUUGUACAACAUUCACCAAAAAUUAGAAAAAGGUUCUCCCUCUGCUAGGCUAUCAUAUACCAAAGAAGGAAGAAAUCAAAUAUGGUUUGUUCGAUCACCAAUUAAUAAGGGCAAGAGACAAUCAAAAAUGCUGGGAAUCUUGAUACGGCAAGAAAGAAAAGAUUCUCAAAAGAAUAUUGACGAUCUCAACUUUUGUGAAUCAAAUGCUUCUUGGGCACUCCAUGAGGCUAUUUGGGAAGAGUAUUUAGAGUCUAAGAGGAUAAUUGAAAUAAACUUGGCAAAAUAUUUAGAGUACAAUAUAGAUAACCCAAAGAAACCCGCUAGGUACAACCCAGCCAGUCAAAAUAAAAAAAUUAACGAAUGGGUGGACCCUGUGAGAGAGGUGAUCUUUAACUUGCAGGCCAAAAGCAUUCAAAAGGUUGAGUACUAUAACGAUUAUAAGGAAAAACUGUUGAGUAAAGAUGGUCAAUUAGCAUAUUUUGAUAAGUUAUCGAAAGCUAUGUACGCUAAAAGGUUGGAAUCUUUUGAAAAGAUGGCAGAGGAAGCCUUACCAUAUGUCACACCAUUCAUACCAAAGAAGGAUUUAUUAAAUGCCCUGACAAAAUACGGUUUCUAA